GGCUCUCCCCGGGACAGAUGUCGCGCUUGCGUGUUGUGGCCGAAGCGCCGGACUCAGAGGCCGGCCCCAGAAAACCCCGAGCGAGUAGGGGGGCGGCGCGCAGGAGGGAGGAGAGCCGGGGGCGCGGGUGGCUGGUGGGUGUCGGGGGUGGAGAUGUAGAAGAUGUGACGCCGCGGCCCGGAGGGUGCCAGAUCAGCGGACGCGGUGCCCGCGGUUGCAACGGAAUCCCGGGCGCUGCAGUUUGCUAGGCGGCUCUCCCCAGGCGCCGGCCGCGGAAACACCCUUCCCUGAACCCCAGGUUUCGGGCCGCCAGCUCGCCGCGCACCAGGAGCCGGCGGACAGAAGAGCGGCCAAGCGGCGCGAGGCUGGGGGCCCGCGGGCGCGGCCGCGCGCUGCCGGGCGGGAGGCUGGGGGGCCGGGGCCGGGGCCGUGCCCCGGAGCGGGUUGGAGGCCGCGGCCGGGGCCGGGGGGCGGCGGCUCCCCGCUCGGCUCCAGCGGCUCGGGGUCCCCGGCAGGGCUCCGGAGGGACCAUGGCAGCCGGGAGCAUCACCACGCUGCCCGCCCUGCCCGAGGACGGCGGCAGCGGCGCCUUCCCGCCCGGCCACUUCAAAGACCCCAAGCGGCUGUACUGCAAAAACGGGGGCUUCUUCCUGCGAAUCCACCCCGACGGCCGAGUGGACGGGGUCCGGGAGAAGAGCGACCCUCACAUCAAACUACAACUUCAAGCAGAAGAGAGAGGAGUUGUGUCUAUCAAAGGAGUGUGUGCUAACCGUUACCUUGCUAUGAAGGAAGAUGGAAGAUUACUGGCUUCUAAAUGUGUUACGGAUGAGUGUUUCUUUUUUGAACGAUUGGAAUCUAAUAACUACAAUACUUACCGAUCAAGGAAAUACACCAGUUGGUAUGUGGCACUGAAACGAACUGGGCAGUAUAAACUUGGAUCCAAAACAGGACCUGGGCAGAAAGCUAUACUUUUUCUUCCAAUGUCUGCUAAGAGCUGAUUUUAAUGGCCACAUCUAAUCUCAUUUCACAUGAAAGAAGAAGUAUAUUUUAGAAAUUUGUUAAUGAGAGAAAAAGAAAAUAAAUGUAUACAGCUCA